AUGAUUUUGAACCAAUUUUUUUAUAUUGAUUGNUGCAAUGUUAGAAAUCAUUUCAAUUUUAAUGCUUAUGAUAUUAGUUUUGAUUAAUAAACAUAGGAAUUAUUUGAAAAAAGAAAUCUAUAUUAAGAUUAUUAAAAAAAGUCUUUUAGGGGAAUACAUAAUAGGAAUGAUCAUAUAAAAAAUUUAUUAAAAUUAUCAGAUCGUUAAAGCACUUAAACAAGUUAAGCAAAAGUUAGUAGAAUUGAGAUUUAGUAAGUUGGUCCUUAAGAUUUUUCAGUAUUAUGUUAAUUAGGGAAAGGAUCUUUUGGAUAAGUAUACUUAGUUUAAAAGAAAGGAAAUACUAAUUAUUAUGCUAUGAAAAUUUUGGUAAAAAAAAAAUUGUAAGCAGCUGGGAUUGUAAGAUAUAUUUAAACUGAGAGAAAAAUAUUGACAUAUGUUACCUCUCCAUUUAUAGUUAAAUUACACUAUGCUUUUUAGACAGAGAAUAAACUUUAUAUGAUAUUAGACUAUUGCCCAGGAGGAGAUUUAGAAUAAUUAAUGAUUGAAAGAGGAAAAUUACCUGAAAAAGCAGCUAAGGCUUAUGCAUGUGAAAUAUUAUUAGCUUUAGAAACAUUACAUUAGAAUUGUAUAGUCUAUAGAGACUUAAAGCCAUCUAAUGUUGUGAUAGAUAAAGAUGGUCAUGCAUUAUUGACAGAUUUUGGAUUAGCAAAGGAAUUGAAUGCACAAAGAACUACAAGUUUUUGCGGAAGUUAUGCAUAUUUAGCACCAGAAAUGUUAAAUAAGAGUGGACAUGGAUAUCCAUUAGAUUGGUAUUUAUUUGGAGUGUUUAUAUAUGAAUUGGUUUAAGGGAAACCACCAUUUUAUGAAAGAGAUAGAAAUGCUCUGUACAAAAAUAUCAAGUUUAGUGAACCAAUAAGACCAGAUAAUAUUAGUGAUGAAUUAUGGGAUCUUUUAAGAAAAUUAUUAGAGAAGAAUUAAUCAUAGAGAUUAGGUUCUAAAGAAGAUUCAGAAGAUUUAAAAAAACAUGAUUGGUUUAAAAAUGUGAAUUGGGAGUAAGUUAUUUAAAGAAAACAACCAGUUCCUAAAGCUAGUUUGAGAACAGAAAAUUGUGAUUUGGGUUUAAAAGUUACAUUCUCAGAAUAAGCUUAACAUCAUGAGAGAUCAAAUUUUAUACAUGAUUGGGAUUAUUGA